AUGUGGAUGAUGCGGUCGGGGAUUCAUAAACCUGGCGCAAUUCCGUUUCUUGCUCUUUUGGUGUUUUUGCUGUUGAGUUUGGUUCCGUCGUUGGCGAAGGAGUGGGAUCUGUAUAACCUGCAGGUGGGAUACAUCGGUUAUCAGCGGCACGAAGUUCGACAAGCUCCCCGGGUUGAGGAUGAUUCAAUCGAUAUCUGGUCGAGAUUGCGCACAUCUCGUGGUCGGUGCCAGUCGUGGUUGAUCGAUGAUGGAUCCUGCCAACCGCCUCCCCCGCGACAUGCCGUACUUGAUACGCCUCAUCGGAGCUCCUUCGAAGCAGCUACUAUAUAUGACGACCCGGCUCCGUACGUCGAGGGACCAUCGACUUUGACUCGAGGAGUUCGAGCAUUCAAAGCGCUUGUCAAACAACUGGAUAGCCGCCCGGCUCUUCCGCUAGAUCCGACGGACAACACCUGCGAAACAGUCUCUACGCGCCCUACCCCCGCGUUCUCCAAUUCCUCUAUAUCCCCUUUACCACUUGGUCCCGAAAAUAGCCUCCCUAUAGUGAGCGAUGAUACGAUAUCGGCGCCUAAACCUGGUUGGCACAUGCGUUUCCGAGAAUCCUGGCAGCAGGCCUGCCGCGUUGGGAGCGACUAUCUAGAAAAGUUCACCCAGCAUCAAUUGAGGGAAGAAGCGGUGCAAUCACCUGUUCCAUCCGACAAAUCCUCCGAAUCGCAGUUGACACCACCCAGCACGCCGUCCGAAGAAUUUGUCUCCGAAACGCAACCUGCGAAUGGCAGCAGUGUUGAUCCCGGCGCACCCCGAAUCCCAUCGCGAGUCUUAUCGACCCAACCGCCUAAUCCCACCGUGACUACUGCCGGCCAGUCCAAAAAUAUUGGGUUUGGACAAGAUUCAGAGCAUAUGCGCGGGAGCUGUAUGGCGAUUGUGAUCGCUCUGGUUGCUGGCGUCAUGUGGUUCUGA